AUGGAGCCAAAAGUCAUAAUAAUUGAAAUUAACGGGAUUGGUGUUUUCAAGGUCUUUUCGACUGGUAUUUUGUUCACGGAGUGCACCAAGGAGGAGGUGCUGAAUCAUCUUACUGGAAAGUUGCACAUGUUCAUUCUGAUAGCGAGCAACAUAGAUAAAGCCGCUGUCCACAAGAUAUCCAGCUACUUCUUCAGAGAGUCUCAGAUCGAGUCUAUGUCUGUGAUGUACUCUUCUGUCUCUGCAUCGCUUGCCCUCGGAGCACAGAACAUCGCAGUGGUGGCUGUAGACCACGGCCCAAAAGACUCUGUCAUAUGGUCUGUGGAUCUAGUCCAGAAGUCCAGCUUGAACUACACACACUCCAUCACAAGAACUUCUAGCUACGAGACAGCAGUAGAUAAAAUGCUGGAGUAUCUGCACUCUUCCACGUACCAAAGCGCCACUUCAAAUAUUUUCGUACGAGGCGAUAAAGCGCUAUCUGAAAAAAUAAGAGAAGAGCUCAACAAGCGAAGUGUCAUUGCCGCAGAGGAAGAGAAUCUGGGAGAUGAGCUGCAGGUGCGCGGGUACAAGCUAGCGUGCUUUCCCAAGUACUUUACCCUUCACAUGCCGCACAACUUGCUCCCAGACUCUGAUAUUGUGUACGUUGGAGCAGUGCUGACAAUAAUGAUAAACUAUUUCGAAAUAAAAGAAGUCAACACGCGGGAAGACUUUGAGGCAGGGCACACUAAGCACUUAUUGCUGAACUGA